AUGUUCUUCCUGGAUUGCUAUUGUGUCUGGCCGGGAAGUGUGCAUGAUGCACGAGUUUUGAGGAAUUCCGAUCUAUUUUUUCGGAUACAAUCCAAUCCAGGAGACAUGUUUCCCAUGCAAGGAACUCACAUACUAGGUAACGCAGCAUACCCUCUCAACACGUGGCUUUUGACACCAUACAAAGACUACGGCCACAUGCAACAGGAAGAUAGAAAUUACAAUUGCUGUCACUCUGCAACUAGAAUGGUAAUCGAAAGAGCGUUUUCGUUGCUAAAAGGAAGAUGGAGGAGGAUGAAAUUCGUCGACGUCACAAGGGUUAAAGAGAUUCCGACAAUGAUUAUUGCCUCUUGUGUUUUGCACAAUAUCUGUUUGUCUCAUGACGAGAAUAUCGCAGAAUUUCUUGGUGAUGAUGACAGUGCAGACACAGAGGUAAAUGACUUAGAAAUUGAAUAUCUAAGACUAUGUGGUGCGGACUUUGGAGCUGUAGGCAAACGUGAUCAAAUUAAGCAGUACAUUAACUCUCAUGCACGAGUUUAA